AGUGAGAACUGUCCAACUUGACAGCACUUAUUUCACUCCUCGUCUGACUGCAUCCGUAUACUCUCGUCUACUUUCAAAGCGAUACUUGCCAUCUCAAACGGAGAAAAUCACCGACCGCAACAGAGGCCGUCUUAGAUUUAGGAGCCACUCGCCAAAAUGGUGAAUUUCACGGUAGACCAGAUUAGGGAAAUUAUGGACAAAAAGUCCAACAUCAGGAACAUGUCUGUGAUCGCCCAUGUGGACCAUGGCAAAUCUACUCUCACUGAUUCCUUGGUGUGUAAGGCUGGUAUUAUUGCUUCUGCACGUGCAGGAGAGACCAGAUUCACUGACACGAGAAAAGAUGAACAGGAAAGAUGUAUCACCAUAAAGUCAACAGCUAUCUCUCUUUAUUAUGAGCUCCAUGAAAAUGACUUGGCUUUUAUUAAGCAAUGCAAGGACGGUUCUGGCUUCCUCAUAAACCUGAUUGACUCACCAGGACACGUUGACUUCUCCUCUGAGGUGACGGCAGCUCUUAGAGUUACAGAUGGUGCCCUUGUAGUUGUAGACUGUGUAUCAGGUGUGUGUGUGCAGACUGAGACUGUCUUGAGACAAGCCAUCGCAGAGCGUAUCAAGCCUGUCUUAAUGAUGAACAAGAUGGACCGUGCUCUGCUUGAGCUGCAGCUGGAGCCCGAUGAGCUUUACCUAACUUUCCAACGGAUUGUGGAGAAUGUGAAUGUCAUCAUCUCAACCUAUGGUGAAGGAGAGCAUGGACCAAUGGGAAACAUUAUGGUGGAUCCUGUGGUUGGGACUGUAGGAUUUGGUUCAGGCCUCCAUGGCUGGGCUUUUACUCUGAAACAGUUUGCUGAGAUGUAUGUUGCCAAGUUUGCUGCUAAAGGUGAUCAAAAUAAAGCAGAACUCACUCCAGCAGAACGUGCCAAGAAAGUGGAAGAUAUGAUGAAAAAGCUUUGGGGAGAUAAGUACUUUGAUCCUUCCUGUGGAAAAUUCAGCAAAUCAGCAACCAAUGCAGAUGGCAAUAAGUUGCCUCGCACUUUCUCCCAACUUGUCUUGGAUCCAAUCUUUAAGGUUUUUGAUGCCAUUAUGAAUUUCAAGAAAGAAGAGACCCAGAAAUUGAUUGAAAAACUUGAAGUAAAGCUUGAUACAGAGGACAAAGAAAAAGAUGGAAAAGCUCUACUUAAGGCUGUUAUGCGCCGUUGGUUACCUGCAGGUGAAGCUUUACUCCAGAUGAUUACCAUCCAUCUUCCCUCUCCCGUCACAGCCCAGAGGUACCGCUGUGAACUGCUAUAUGAGGGUCCUGGUGAUGAUGAGGCUGCCAUGGGGAUAAAGAAUUGUGAUCCUAAAGCUCCUCUUAUGAUGUAUAUCUCCAAGAUGGUGCCAAGUACUGACAAGGGUAGAUUCUAUGCCUUUGGUCGUGUCUUCUCUGGUGUUGUUGGUACUGGGCAGAAGGUGCGCAUCAUGGGCCCGAACUUCACACCAGGAAAGAAAGAGGACUUGUACUUGAAGCCAAUCCAAAGAACUAUCCUAAUGAUGGGUCGCUAUGUAGAGCCCAUUGAAGAUGUGCCAUGUGGGAACAUUGUUGGUUUGGUUGGGGUUGAUCAGUUCCUGAUUAAGACCGGAACCAUCUCCACCUUUGAAAAUGCUCACAACAUGCGUGUUAUGAAGUUCAGCGUUAGUCCUGUGGUAAGAGUUGCUGUGGAGGCCAAAAACCCAGCUGAUCUGCCAAAGUUGGUGGAGGGCCUCAAACGUCUGGCCAAGUCUGAUCCCAUGGUUCAGUGUAUCAUUGAAGAGUCAGGGGAGCACAUAGUGGCGGGUGCUGGAGAGCUGCAUCUGGAGAUUUGCCUGAAAGACCUUGAGGAAGAUCAUGCUUGCAUCCCUCUAAAGAAAUCAGACCCAGUUGUGUCAUAUCGUGAAACAGUCAGUGCUGAAUCAGACCAGGUUUGCUUGUCCAAGUCGCCCAACAAACACAAUCGGCUGUACAUGAAGGCUCGACCUUUCCCAGAUGGAUUGGCUGAGGACAUUGAUAAGGGUGAUGUGACUCCUCGGCAGGAGGUUAAACAGAGAGCUCGCUACCUGACUGAAAAAUAUGAAUGGGAGGUUUCAGAGGCCCGUAAGAUAUGGUGCUUUGGACCAGAUGGCACAGGGCCCAACGUUCUUGUGGAUGUCACAAAGGGAGUUCAAUAUUUGAAUGAGAUAAAGGACAGCGUAGUGGCUGGUUUCCAGUGGGCAACCAAAGAAGGUGCUCUCUGUGAAGAGAAUAUGCGAGCAACCCGAUUUGACAUUCAUGAUGUCACCCUUCACGCUGAUGCCAUCCACAGAGGUGGUGGUCAGGUAAUUCCUACAGCCCGUAGGGUUCUGUAUGCUUCUGUGCUUACUGCUCAGCCGAGACUCAUGGAGCCCAUUUACCUAGUUGAGAUUCAGUGCCCAGAGCAGGUUGUUGGUGGCAUCUAUGGUGUGCUGAACAGAAAAAGAGGCCAUGUCUUUGAGGAGUCCCAAGUGGCAAGGACACCUAUAUUUGUUGUGAAGGCAUACCUGCCUGUAAAUGAAUCAUUUGGUUUCACAGCAGACCUGCGGUCUAACACAGGUGGACAGGCCUUCCCUCAGUGUGUGUUUGACCACUGGCAGAUUUUGCCAGGUGACCCCUAUGAUGUAAACAGCAAACCUAGCCAGGUUGUUGCAGAGACCCGUAAGCGUAAAGGUCUAAAGGAGGGCAUCCCAGCAUUGGACAACUUCUUGGACAAACUAUAAAUGACUAUGGAUUGUACAAAUGGUGAUUAAAGCUAUCAUCUUAGAAUGGUUUUUUUUAAAAAAAACUCCAAAGUAAGGUUUACACUGAAAAACUUGUCUUAAUUUAAAAUUUCAAAGCUGAACAAUCUUGCAGCCAAUAAAAUCUGACCUCGCUAAACUUGUGUGCA